AUGAUGUUCAACGCUACCAGAGUAAGCUACGUGAGUAGUAUAAAGACAUCUAGUUCGAGUUCUAGUAGAUCUUCCAGGUUUUCUACUGGUGACAGCUUUUCUUCCACUUUGGCCAGCUCAUCAGUGCACUCUUGGUCGCAGGAUUUAACGCAGACGUCAAGUAGCUUUACCUCACAUCAAACUUUAAACUCCACACUGAUACCUUUGAUACCGGAAAGCACUAGCUAUAGCUCUAUUUCCAAUACGGCGACGAGUGAAAUACCCACUAAAUCGACGACAACGCCCACUUCCACAACGGGAGCAACGACUACUACGAGAAGUCUGCAGCAGGGCAAGACUGCUGUGAGCUACACACGCAGUUAUAUCAUCACUGAGUCUUCUGUAACUUUCACAACAGAGCUAUCCAGGGUCUCGAUUCUGAAUUCUAAUGAGGCCGCAACAUUUUCAGCACCCACUGCUGCCGUUACCACCGACGUGGGUUUUUACAACCGUUGGCUGAGUGGGACGUUGGAUUCGGGCCAAUCGGGAGGCUCAAUAUCUGCAGGCCAUCGGAACGCUAUAAUCGCCAGCGUCUUGGGUAGCGUGGGUGGGCUUUUACUUGCGACAUUGCUCAUAGGAGGAAUUAUAUUUUGGCGGCGUAAGAAGCGAGUGAAGUCGGUACAGGGAUUCAGUCAUGACAUUGGAUGUCGCGUUGAUGACCCUAGCAAUUUGAACGAUACAGCCUUCGGAGCACCAAACAACCGUAGUGCCACGAAUAGGUCGUCUGACGAAGACGAAGAGUUUUUGAAAAGCAAGUACAGCUCUUUUGGACGCAAAUUGCCGUUAUGGCGUAAAAGCGAAGCAAAAACUAAAACCCUCGCUUCUCAGGAACAAGCCACGACGGAGUCGGAGCGAACACGCGGAAACCCAUUUCAGGACGAGUUCGAUUUCCAGAAGCGGCUUCCCCUGCUACCUCCGGUACCCGCGCGAGAUCCUCCAUUGCACUCCCAUUUCUCUUAUCGUAGUGAGGAAACGUCUUCAUUUUCAGGCACCGACUCUGAUUCCUCAUCGUCGAUUCAGCUUUCGAGGCCUAAUGCGGUUGCCAGAAGUACACAGAGUUUUUUGAGAGAGGUGCUGUGA